AUGGUUACCAAUGAAAAAUUCAUGGUGCAUCUUAGAAAACCUCUAAAAUCACCUACCUUAACAUCACACAGCGCUACUGGUUUUGUGGUUGGAGGCCUGGCUUGUCAAAAUUUUGGCAAAGGGAUUGUUGUAUGUGGUGGUUUGUAUGGAUUGUUAUACGUUAUUGAACGUUUACGAUGGACAAAUGAUGCAAAGGAAAAGGCGUUUAAAAAUCAGUUUGUUGCAUACACGGCCAAUUGUCUUCAGUCGGUUCUCAGUUUGACAAGUUCAAAUUGUAUUCAACAAGUUAUGAGCGAACUUUCCUCCACUUUUGCUCAAUUGUGUUACAAAGUUGAUGCAGCGAAGAAAAAAGAGGAAAACGAGAUUUCAAAACUCAGUGAAGAUAUUACUGAUUUGGAAAGAAUUGAAAGUCAAGCGCGUCUAUUUAGUUUAGUUACUAAAGUGUAGAACUAGAAGACACAAAUGAAGUGUAUGAAUAGGUUUAUAAAUCUCAAGAUAAAAAUCCCCAGACGAAAAUCCCCAGAAAAAAUGCUCAAUGUCUUGAGGAUCAGUUGAACAACUUCAUUCGAGAAUUUGGUUUAUUGCAAAGUAAAAUGUAAAAAACAUUGGCACCAGUUUUGAUUGCAUUCACAGAAGAAAAAAAUCCCUCCACAUCAACAUUGAAGAAUAAAUUAUGCGUUGUCUCGAAUCUCUAAACCAGUGUAUAUUCAUUGUAAACAACCUUGUCCUUUAUAGCUGAUAAGUUCAUAAAAAGUUUUUACUUUUUAGUAAAAGUUCAUGAAAUGUUCACAAAAAGUCAAAACAAAAAUCAAAAGUUCAUAAAUUCGUGAGCUUUGUUCACAAUCUGGCAACACUGUCAUUAUGUUUUAUUAUGACCGUGCGUGGAUAGAUUGGGACUGACUAGUUAAAUUACUGGAAGGAAGGUUGGCAUUGAAAUGAGAUGUUGAGCGGAGAAGGCACACAUGGUGGCCAUCAUAUUUUUGCUGCUGGUUGAUGAUGUAUUAGAAAAAUUAGGACUUUUUACAUAUCUUUUAAGAACUUAACAAUACAAAAACAAAUUGAUACUUCAUGUAAGGAACAAGUAAUGUGUCCGUAUAUGUUACAAGGCUAUUUUUUGUGAUUUGCAGUUUUAUUUUUUGCAAUAUAAAUAAGUGCCUUA